AUGCCCGAGGGCAUGGAGCCCUGGACGAAGGUCUUCGAGUCCCUCGGCCGCGGAGAUCGGCUCCCGGUGCAGCAGCUGAAGCAGAUGAUGGACGCGAGCGGCAUGAGUGGCGAGAUGACGUCCGCGUACAUCGACCCGGAAUUGAGGUCGGAAUUGGGAAACCAAACCGUGAAGGAGGGGAUCGCGAAUAUCACAGGAAACGCCGAGUUGCUGAUGAAGGCUGUGCAGCAGGAUCCCAUGGUGCAGCAGCUUGCAGCUGUUAGCCCCGACAUGGCCCAGGUGAUCAACAGCCCAGAUGCACUGAAGAAGAUUCUCAGCCCGGAAGUCUUGGAGAAAGUGCACAGUGGCCAGAUGCCCGACGAAGCUUCCAUGCAAGCCAUCCUGGAUUCGGCAUCCGGCACACAUGUCCAGAAGGCUGUGCCCACAGCUAGUCCUGCGAGCUUGGUGGUGGAUGGGGGCCUGAGGCUGAAGCAGGUGCGUGCGGGAGACGGAAAAACUUUCCCAUCACCGGGUGACACUGUUUCGGUCUACUAUGCGGGCUACCUGACAGAUGGCAAGCUCUUCGAUCAUGGCAGCUUUAGCUUUGUCAUGGGCAGUUCCCAGGUGAUCCGUGGCUGGGAGGUGGCCCUGAGGCACAUGAGCCUGGGCCAGCGAGCUGUGGUGCAGGUGCCGGCAGAACUCGGCUAUGGCAGUUCCGGCGAAGGCCCUGUGCCUCCGAACUCGGAUCUGCUCUUCGACGUGGACUUACGUGCCAUCAACAAACUCCAGGCUCCUUUCCUGGCCGUCUAG